GGCAGGGCGUCCCGGGCACCCUCCCCGGGCACGGCGCACCGUCUCCCGGCACGGCGCAUGGACUGAUCCCGGAGCGCAGCGCAGCACCGCACCACACCGGCCACUGCUGGCUGGCCGAGUCUUCUCUCUCCCGUGGUUGUGCUCGGGGCUCUGCUUGGUCUCCCCGUCACCGGCCCCUUGGAGUCUCCCAUCCCUCACCCUCCUGCCAUCAACUUUGAAGGGUCCGUGCAGUGCGGGCCACAAGAUUUCCUAGAGCUUUCUUUAUUUCUGCUUUUUUUUUUUUUCUGUGCGCCCCUUCCCGCGGGGACCCACCGCGAGCCAGUGACAAUGGAUGUAAUCUUGGUCCUGUGGGUUUGUUUGAGCGCAGCCAGGUCAGUGGUAGGCUUUGGAAUGGACCCUGACCUUCAACUUGACAUUAUCACAGAGCUUGAUCUUGUGAAUACGACUGUUGGAGUUACUCAGGUGUCAGGACUGCACAAUACCAGCAAAGCAUUUUUGUUUCAAGAUGUGGAAAGAGAGAUCCAUGCAGCCCCACAUGUGACCGAGAAGUUAAUUCAGCUCUUUCGGAAUAAAAGUGAAUUCACAUUCCUGGCUACUGUGCAGCAGAAGCCAUCCACUUCAGGAGUGGUUCUGUCUGUCAGAGAGCUGGAGCACAGCUAUUUUGAACUGGAGAGCAGUGGCUUGAGAGAUGAAAUCAGAUAUCACUAUAGAUUUAAUGGAAAAUCGAGGACGGAAGCUUUUCCUUACCGGAUGGCAGACGGCCAGUGGCACAAAAUUGCUUUGUCGAUUAGCGCCUCCCAUCUUCUGCUUCAUGUGGACUGCAACAGGAUCUAUGAGCGAGUGAUAGACCCUCCGGAAACCAACCUCCCUCCAGGAAGCAACUUAUGGCUUGGGCAGCGCAACCAAAAACAUGGCUUGCUGAAAGGUGUUGUUCAAGAUGUGAAAGUCAUCUUCAUGCCAAAUGGAUAUAUAACACAAUGUCCUAAUCUGAAUCGCACAUGUCCAACCUGCAGUGAUUUCUUAAGCCUGGUGCAAGGGAUAAUGGAUUUGCAAGAGCUUUUGGCCAAAAUGACUGCCAAACUGAAUUAUGCAGAAACGAGGCUCAGUCAGUUGGAAAACUGCCAUUGUGAGAAGACCUGUCAAGUAAAUGGACUGAUCUAUCGGGACCAAGAUUCCUGGGUAGACGAUGAUCAUUGCAGGAAUUGCACAUGUAAAAGUGGAGCGGUAGAAUGCCGAAGGAUGUCCUGUCCCCCUCUCAACUGUUCUCCGGACUCACUCCCUGUCCACAUCGGAGGCCAGUGCUGUAAAGCUUGCCGCCCAAAAUGUAUCUAUGGAGGAAAGGUUCUUGCAGAGGGCCACCGGAUUUUGACCAAGAGCUGUCGAGAAUGUCGAGGUGGAGUUUUAGUAAAAGUGACAGAAGUGUGUCCUCCUUUGAACUGCUCAGCAGAAGAUCACAUUCUUCCAGAGGACCAGUGCUGUAGUGUCUGCAGAGGCCAUAACUUUUGUGCAGAAGGACCCAAGUGUGGUGAAAAUUCUGAGUGCAAAAACUGGAAUACCAAAGCUACCUGUGAAUGCAAGAGUGGUUAUAUCUCUAUCCAAGGAGACUCUGCAUAUUGUGAAGAUAUUGAUGAGUGUGCCGCUAAGAUGCAUUAUUGCCAUGCUAACACGGUGUGUGUGAACCUGCCGGGAUCGUAUCGCUGUGACUGUAUCCCAGGAUAUAUCCGUGUGGAUGAUUUCUCAUGUACAGAGCAUGAUGAAUGUGGUAGUGCCCAACACACCUGUGAUGACAAUGCAAUCUGCACUAAUACUGUCAGGGGACACAGCUGCACCUGCAAGCCUGGAUACGUGGGCAAUGGAACCAUCUGCCGAGCCUUCUGUGAAGAGGGAUGCAGAUACGGAGGAACAUGCGUGGCCCCUAACAAAUGCCUCUGUCCAUCUGGAUUCACAGGAAGCCACUGCGAACAAGAUAUUGAUGAAUGUACAGAGGGAAUCAUUGAGUGCCACAACCAUUCCCGCUGUGUUAACCUGCCAGGGUGGUACCACUGUGAGUGCAGAAGCGGUUUCCAUGACAAUGGAACCUAUUCACUCUCCGGAGAAUCCUGUAUUGACAUCGAUGAAUGUGCCUUAAGGACCCACACCUGUUGGAAUGAUUCUGCCUGCAUUAACCUGGCUGGUGGUUUUGACUGCCUUUGUCCUUCUGGACCAUCUUGCUCUGGGGACUGUCCCCAUGAAGGUGGCCUAAAGAGAAAUGGUCAAGUGUGGACUCUGAAAGAAGACCGGUGUUCGCUAUGUUCCUGUUUUGAUGGAAAGAUAUUCUGCCGACGGACUGCUUGUGACUGUCAGAACCCAAGUGUUGAUCUCUUCUGCUGUCCAGAAUGUGACACCAGAGUUACCAGUCAGUGUUUAGACCAAAACGGACACAAACUCUAUCGAAGCGGAGACAACUGGACAUACAGCUGCCAACAGUGCCGCUGCCUGGAAGGAGAGGUGGACUGCUGGCCACUCACUUGCCCCAACCUGAGCUGUGAAUACACUGCAGUCUCUGAAGGGGAAUGCUGCCCCCGCUGUGUCAGUGACCCCUGCCUGGCAGAUAGCAUUGCCUAUGACCUCAGAAAAACCUGUCUAGACAGCUACGGCGUGACAAGACUUAGCGGCGCCAUAUGGACAAUGGCUGGAUCCCCCUGCACGACCUGCAAAUGCAAGAAUGGAAGUGUCUGCUGUUCUGUGGAUUUAGAAUGUCUUCACAAUAACUGAAGUAUUUAGCAUGGACUUACCAGGGUGAGGAAAACAACAGACACAGUGAUCAUUCAAAAUAAUGAAGAAGUUGGUGUUUUAUACCACAGACAAUUACCAAAGGCUCCAACAAACAAAGAUAUUUGGGAGCUGCCUUUUGGGACCUACCACUAUGCUCAUUCUUGCUAACCUAGUCUAGGUGACUUGCAGUCCAACACAUAUAAGUCUAUGAUUGUUUAAAAAAAAAAAAGUCUCCUGUGUUGUAAAUCACCUCUCUCCCCUAUCAGGUCAUUUGAAAACACACUGAAAUGUCUUCAUGGUAAACUUGGCUGUGAUUUUUGGUUUAUUUUGUGUAUUGACAUGAAAGAAACUUGCCCCCUCCCUUUCUUUUUAAUUUCUGGAGCUAGAGUCUAGAUUCUACCAAUAAAGCUUCCUGGUGUGAUUUUUGUCCCAUCCACUGCAUCCUCAGUUCUGAUGCUCCUGUCAGAUGUAUAAAUAUGUAUGUUUCUAUAGUUAGAGUCCUGAGUAGUACCCCUUUGGCAUAGAUAUUGGGCUUCUGAAACACUCCAAAACCCACUUAACAAAUAUAGGCUCCAGGCAAUCGAGGCAGAAUUGGGUGAUGUAGGCAAAAAGGAAGGAUUGGCAGGAAGAAAAGCCAGAAACUUUGUAAAGUGAUGAAAAGUACCUUCCCCACAAAAGGACAGCUACACUUCAAUAUUCCAAGUGAUCUACCAUCUCCUUACUGUGGGUGCUCACUCUAGUAUCACGGCUUACAACCCAUUCCUUACCUUUCAUUCUACGCAAUGAAUUCUUUAGCCAUGGAAACUGAAGAAAUGUGGAAAAAUCACAAACAAAUCCCAGAACCAACAAAGCAGUAAACAAAUGAAGGCAAAGAUACACAAUGCUGGAACUUAUUUUUUUCCUUCCCUAUCUGGGACUGCAUGGAAAUUCCCUCCACUCAUUCAUAUAAACAACUGUCUGUAACAUAUAUUUCAACAGCAGGGGUGCUUAACCUUUUUGGUGUCAUGGACUCCCCCCCCUCCCGGCAUUAUGGUGAAGCCCGUGGACCACUUCACAAAAAUAUUUUUAAAUUCAUAAAAUAAUUUAAAUAGGUUUAUAAUGGAAACCAAUUAAAUUGAAAUAGUCAUCAAAAUAUUUUAAAAAUCAAAAAUCACAGACCCUGUGAAAUCUAUCCAUAAACUCAUUAGAGAGUUUAUGAAAUCUAGGAUAUAAACCUCUGCCUGAGAAGGUUGCCCAAAUGGACUGAAAGAUCAGAUGACUUGCCCUUGGGCUAUUUGGUCACCCUACCGGUCUUUACUAGAGGUAGGCUUUGAGCCCAGGUCUUCCUGAAUCCAAUACCUGCCUCUUAUACCUGCCUCCUAUGUGGUAUGCCAUACUGCCUUUCUUGAAACUAUAUCUCAUUAAUAAAUAAUAAUGAACUUUUAUAUCUAUUAUUAUCUUAUUCAGUCUUCACAAUGACCCUGUUAGAUAAGAUGGGCACAUUACUCUCCUUUUAAAGAUGAGGAAGCUGAAAUACAGGAGAAAGAGAGAGAGAUAAACUGAUCCACCAAGGUCAGACACUGACUACAGGCAACUGAUAACCAAGAUGAAAAUGAGAAUCCAUGUGUCUUGUUUCCCAGUCUACAGCCCCUUCGAUGAUAUACUGCCUCUCAAUGAAGCAAUCAGAAAACCCAAGAAUAGCCCUACAAGUAAUAUUUUUGCUAUAGUCAAGGUUUCUAUCUGAUUUGUUACCACACUGGUAGUUACUGAAUUUUGACUACAGAUUAAACAAAAGACGCAAAUCAUUUUGUGUUUUAGUCAAUAAGUCUAAUUUAUGUUAGAGUUUCAAGCAAAUGACACCUCAUAUGUUAGUCUUAUUUAAUGUUUUAAUUUCCAUUAAGUAAUUAUGAACCAAUUUGGUUGAUUUUUUAAAACUCUCCGGACAUUUAGAAAGACCUCAUUUAUUAAUGCAGUUGUGCCCAAAAUGCUACUUGAAAACCUAAAUUUGGACUGAAACAGUAAUUAAAAUUUGUAAGCCUCCA